AUAUAAAUACAUAUAUAUGGGCUUAGCCUAUGUAGUUCUUCCUCAAAUUAAACAAAUCAACAUGGACAUCCUCUACAGCAUCUUCAUCUUCAUCUCAGUUCCCUUAAUCUUUGUCUUCCUAGUUUUCUUCCUGCUCAUGCUCAAAAUCUUCACAGGCAAGAACAUCAAUAGCCCAGCAUAUCACCCUGUAAAAGGCACUAUUUUCGACCAGCUUUUCUACUUCAAAACACUCUUCGACUACCAAACCAAAAUUGCCUCCAAAUGCUCAACCUUCCGGCUACUUGGCCCGAUUUACAGCGAAAUCUACACGACCGAACCAAGAAAUAUCGAGCAUUUUCUGAAAGCCAGCUUCGAUAAGUAUUCCAAGGGUGACAAAAACCAAGAUAUCAUGAGGGAUCUUUUUGGUCAUGGCAUAUUUGCAGUUGAUGGAGAAAAGUGGAAGCAGCAGAGGAAACUCGCAAGCUUUGAGUUCUCCACCAGAGUUCUUAGAGAUUUUAGCUGUUCUGUCUUUAGAAGAAAUGCUGCCAAACUGGUUCGGGUUGUUUCUGGAUUUUCUGUUGCUGGUCGGGUUUUUGAUAUGCAAGAUUUGCUUAUGCGAUGCACUUUGGAUUCCAUAUUCAAAGUUGGGUUUGGUGUGGAGCUGAAUUGCUUGGAGGGGUCAAGUAAAGAAGGAACUACCUUUAUGAAAGCCUUUGAUGAUGCAAAUGCUCUGGUAUAUUGGCGCUAUGCAGAUCCAUUCUGGAAACUGAAAAGGUUUUUAGAUGUUGGAACCGAAGCCUCCCUCAAAAAGAAUGUUAAAGUGGUUGAUGAUUUUGUGCGCCAACUUAUCAGGACCAAAAGAAAAUUGCUAGAAGCGCGAAAAGAUUGUGUUGACAAGGAGGACAUACUUUCAAGAUUUCUGAUGGAGAGCGAGAAAAAUCCAGAGAAAAUGAAUGAUCAAUAUCUGAGAGAUAUAAUUCUGAACUUCAUGAUUGCUGGCAAAGAUACAAGUGCAAAUACACUCUCAUGGUUUUUCUACAUGUUGUGCAAGAACCCCAUAGCACAGGAAAAAGUUGCGCAGGAAGUGAGAGAUGUGUUUGGUGGAAAAGUGGAUGAAGAUAAUAUCGAUGGCUUCAUAGCAAAUUUAACCGAUGCAAAUCUUGAGAAAAUGCAUUAUCUUCAUGCAGCACUGACAGAGACCUUGAGGCUAUACCCUGCAGUCCCUGUGGAUGGGAGACAUGCAAAUGUAGAUGACGUUCUUCCUGAUGGCUUCAAAGUCAAAAAAGGUGAUGGAGUAUGCUACUUAUCCUAUGCCAUGGGCAGAAUGCCUCAUAUCUGGGGAGAAGAUGCAGAGGUGUUCCGACCUGAAAGAUGGCUCAGCAAUGGAAUUUUUCAACCCGAAUCGCCAUUCAAAUUCGUAGCAUUUCAUGCCGGCCCUCGAAUAUGUCUUGGAAAGGACUUUGCCUACCGGCAGAUGAAGAUAUUAUCAACCGCCCUUCUUCGUUUUUUCCGCUUCAAAAUGGCUGAUGAAACAAAAAGUGCAACUUAUAGGACCAUGUUCACCCUUCACAUUGAUGGACACCUCACUCUCUGUGCAGUUCCAAGGAGAACAGCUGCAUAGAAAGUUAAUUUUCAUUAACUUUUUGCUAUUGGUAGUAUAUGCUGUAAAAUAGUUCUCAAUGAUAAUCAUCAAUGAGCUGCCUUAUGUUUUUCAGUAUGAUUAUUAAUAAAGAAGACAGAUUCCCAAAA